GCUGCGUACCGACGUGUCGGGGUACCGUGUACGCCGCGCGCAGUGCGUGCCCGCUUACAUGUGUCGGCUGGGUGUUGGUUAGGUUAUAUACCUGCCACCUGCAUCCCUUCUUCUCCAUUACCCACCACCGCGGUGUCAUCUGCCUCCUCUCCAUCUACACGCAUAUUCUUCCACGGCCGGACCGUUCACGCCCUCCCCCAUCCCCACGACUAUCACGACAACGGCGUUCAGCAUGGAAUCUACACUUGGCUCUUCCCCUCUUCUCUGCCGCCCAUCGACCCCGUCGACCCGCGACGACAGCCCGAUCGUCCGCAUGCCGAAGCAAUGGCUGCAGGACGCCCACGAUGCCUUGCAGGCCGUCGAGCGCCAGCUGCGCGAGGCGCAGAGCGGUGCCAAGCACCUCUCCCGCGCACUAGACGACGCUGACGAGCGGGCCCGCGACGCCGAGCGCAGAGCCAAGGAGGCCGAGCGCCGCACGAGCGAGGCGGAGGCGCAUGCCCACGAGGCCGAUGACCGCGCCGCGACCGCUGCAGAGCACGCAGAACAGGCGGAAGCCUCGAUGCGCGAGGCAGCCGCGCGGGCCGACGAGGCGGAAGGCCGCGCCUGGGACGCCGACGCACGAGCGAAGGAGGCUGACGCGCGCGCCCAGACGGCAGAGGAGCAGGCCGCCAGCGCAUCAGCGCGCGCCGAGGAGGCCGAGCGAAAGCUUGAGGAGGAGAAGCAGGCCGCGGCGGCGCGGAUACAGGAGCUCGAGACGCAGCUGGCGGGCCUGCGGACGUAUCAGGAGAAGGCGGAGGACCGCGUGAAGGCGCUCGAGCAGUCCAACGCGGAGCUCGAGGGGGAGAACAAGGAGCUCACCGCGUCGAAGAACGCCCUCGAGCAGGCGAAGAAGGAGCUCAUGGAGCGCCUGGCCAUCUCCGCUUUCAAGGACGGUCGCAAGCCCGAGCUCUCUUCGACGACGCCGGCAGCGACACCUGGUCUGCGCACGUUCCCUUCGUUCUUCGGAAAGUGGGGAAAGGGCGGCGAGGCUUAAUUGGAGAGGGAGGCGAUGGACUCUGCAGGUGUAUCAUAGACCACUAUUGUGUAU